GUAUUACGUAGCAUGAAUAGGCGUGGUCAUGUGGUGAGCCAGCUGAGGCAAAAACACGAGCAUAGUCAUUCGAGAUAGUGCGGCAGCUGUAAGACUUUAUGACGGAAUAAAAACUGAAUAACGGCGUAUCUUUUCUGUGACAAUACGAGAGUGAAACGAGAACUGCUUAAUGGACCAGCUGUAAAUCAAUCAACACAGAAAGAGGGGCACAUCCCAUGGGAGUGUGUGACGGUGCGUGUGAGGGUGUGUGUCCAGGCCGACUGCCCUCACCAUGGCGGGGGGCAGAGAGCGCAGCUGCCGAUUACAGAGGCCGUGGUCGGUGUACAGGGCAAACACAUUUGACCUGUCCAAUGAGAUGAUUGGCCUCACACUUGCAGGUAAUAGUCAGGACCCAGACGAGCCUGUGCUGGAGUUCAGUGUGGUGUGCACAGACCUGUUGAAUCCUGCAAAUUUGGACAGAAAACCCAACAGCUUUGUAGCAGUAAGCUGUACAACGCCACCGCAGGCCUUCUGGACCAAACACGCCCAGACUGAGAUCAUAGAGGGCCCCAGUAACCCCAUCUUCCUCAGCAGCAUCGCCUUCUUUCAGGAUUCCAACAUUAACCAGCAGACGCAGGUGAAGCUGGCCGUCUAUGAUGUCAAGGACCGAUCGCAGGGCACGAUGUACAUCUUGGGAUCAGCACUUUUUCCUGUGAAGGAGUUGUUGCAGGAGAAGACCCACAGAUUACAGCUGGAACUCCGUUCUGCAGAAAAUAAGCUGGUGGGAAGCAUAACUAUAGCAGCCUGGCAGAUGGAGGACAAAGCUGAUCACAGGAUGUCACUCACUCACCUACCAGACGGCAUCAAUGGCAGGACGAUGCUGUCCGUGGACGAGAGCCUCACGGAGUCGAUGGGAGUCAGAAUCAAGUACGCCUCACUAAGCAAAGACACUCUACUGCGCUCAGUGUUUGGAGGCACCAUGUCUCGGAUGUACCGCUUCCCCACCACUGAUGGGAACCACCUACGUGUCUUGGAGCAGAUGGCUGAGAGCGUCCUUUCCGUAAACAUUCCCAGACAGUUCGUAAAACUGCUGCUGGAGGAGGAUACAGCUAGAGUCUGUGAACUGGAGGAGCUCGGAGAGUUAUCACCCUGCUGGGAGAAUCUACGGCGACAAAUUGUCUCUCAGUACCAGACCACAAUACUCUCAUACCAGGAAACAUUGUCUGACCUCAAAGACUAUAGAGGGCCAUUAUUCAAAGCCAGUAACCUGAAGGCCGAAAGGAAGCUGGAGUUUAUGCCAACCAACCUGCAUGUCCAGAGGAUGAGAGUGCAGGACGAGCUAGGCUUUGACCAGACGUAUGACGUGGUAACAAUUGGCGCUCCAGCCGCUCACUGCCAAGGAUUUAAAAACAAUGGUCUGAGGAAACUCAUCCACAAGUUUGAGGAGGCAAAAAAACACAUAAGUGAGGAGGAGCGCAGUGCACUGUCCAGUUCGCAGUCAAUCGUCUACAUACCCCAGGACAUUGUCCAAGCCAAAGAAAUCAUUGCACACGUCAACACGCUGAAAACUCAGGUGAGCUACUACGCUGAGAGGCUUUCACGAGCUGCGAAGGACCGAUCGGCCAGUGGUAUCGAGAGGACACUCACCAUUUUGGCUGAUAAGACUCGACAGCUUGUCAAUGUGUGUGACUGUAAGCUGCUCGCUUCAGCUAUUCAGGCUCUGAAUGCAGCGCGCCCUGAAUAUAUUGCCUCCAAAGCGUCUCCUUCUGCUGACUCAGAGCAAGUAGUUCUGCGUAACGAUCAAGACACACUGCUGGCCAAGUGGAGUGGCAGCAACAGUCGAUCCUCACUGCAUAUUGACUGGCACGAGGAAGAAUGGGAAAAGGUUUGGAUAAAUGUAGAAAAAUCUUUGGAAUGCAUCAUGCAGCGUGUUGACAAGCUGCUUCAGAAAAGCAGGAGGCCCAGCACUUCCAGUCAGGACAGUAUUCAGAAUGACCAGCAGGGCGGCGUUAGUAAAAAAGGUGAAGAAAAACGACGAGCUUUCUGGAUCAACCCAGGAAGUUUGUCAGAAGAUAAUCCCUCCCACUCAUCAUCAUCGUCAUCAUCCUCAUCACUUUUACCAUCCUCAUCUUCAUCACCUGCACCUCCUCCUCCCUCUGCACACCCUUGCACCACUGAACAGAAGACCUACGGCAGCCCCAGUGUUGAGGAGGCGUACCCAGGCGAAUGGAGUGAGGCGUUGUACCCUCUGCUCACCACACUCACAGACUGUGUCACCAUGAUGAGCGACAAGGCCAAGAAGUCCAUGGUCUUCCUGCUCAUGCAGGACUGUGCCCCCACCAUAGCCAUGGACGUGUCGCUGCAGUACCGCCGUGAUGUGGUCUUCUGUCAAACGCUCACUGCUCUCAUCUGCAGCUUCAUUAUCAAGCUGAGAAACUGUCUCCGUGACAAUGGAUUCCUCCGGCAGCUCUACACCAUUGGCCUCCUGGCUCAGUUUGAGUCACUGCUUAGCACCUACGGGGACGAACUGUCCAUGUUGGAGGACAUGAGUGUGGGAGUCAUGGAUCUGCGUAAUGUCACCUUUAAGGUGACUCAGGCCACGAGCACCUCCGCUCCCGACCUCCUGCCAAUCAUCACUGGUAACCGAGAUGGUUUCAACGUUCGCAUCCCGCUCCCGGGGACGAUGUUUGACGCCUUGCCCCGAGAGAUCCAGAGUGGAAUGUUGCUGAGGGUUCAGCCUGUGCACUUCAACGUCGGCAUCAAUGAACAGCAGACGCUGGCUGAAAAGUUUGGAGACACUUCCCUGCAGGAGAACAUCAACGUGGAGAGUCUGUCCCGGUUAAAUUCAUACUAUGAGCAGUUUAAAGAAGUCCUUCCUGUGGACUGUCUCCCUAGGUCUCGUUCCCAGACUUGUCUACCUGAGUUACUCAGGUUUUUGGGACAGAAUGUCCAGGCCAGGAAAAAUAAGAAUGUGGAUAUUCUUUGGCAAGCUGCAGAAAUUUGUCGCCGUCUGAAUGGCGUUCGUUUCACCAGCUGCAAAAGUGCCAAAGAUCGCACUGCCAUGUCGGUGACCCUGGAGCAGUGUCUGAUCCUGCAACACGAACACGGCAUGGCCCCACAGGUCUUCACCCAGGCUCUGGACUGUAUGCGCAGUGAAGGCUGCAGAAGGGAAAACACAGUGAAGAAUGUCGGCUGCCGCAAGUAUGCCUUCAACUGUCUGCAACUCAAGGCCUUCCCCAAACACUACCGGCCACCUGAUGGAACGUACGGAAAAGUAGAAACCUGAUUGUCGCUCUUGGAGUUGUACUUUCGGAUGUUUGGAUACAGCUGUAAAUUGGCAAGACCACAAUCAAGCUUGGAACAGUUAAACUCCCGCUCGUGUUGAGGUUUUACUGAUUCCAAGUCUCAUUCAAUCCAUCACUUUGCUGUGAGAAUGGAUUUCAGUACUGUAAUAGUUUCUUCAUGUCACAUAAAGUCAUUUAUUUUAAAUGUAUUUUUCGUGAGUAUAUACUGUUUUUAUUAACACCAGCACUGCCUCAGCUCCGAUGGCACGCUGAUGAAACCAGUCAAUCAAGUGUAGCCACACCAACAUUCUUCUAUGGAAAUAGUUGGAUUAGUCCUUAACAUUGCAGUAGAAAGAUGAUCUGAAUUAGAUUAAAAGAUGUAUGUACUUCAACCAUACACUGUACAUUAAACUAUGUUUUGUAUCUAUGCGGUUUCAAUAUUAAAGCUGCAUUAAGUAACUGUU